AUGGGAUAUACGCCCACCGAAAAGGUAGACACUGUACCAACUAAUAAUGCUCUUUUUUUAUUUUUUAUUUUUCACUUGAGUAGCAUUGCUUAGAAAUUAUAUACGAAAUUCCUAAAUGGUACGUAUAAUAAUGUAAUAUUAGAUUUUGCAUUACAAAAUUUCCGCAUUCCAUCGGGUUGCCCCAAUAACCCGGUUCUGCUGCCCUCGUCCAGUGCUAAUUGUUUGUCCAAGAAAAAUGAUUUACAGAAACAAAGGAGGAACCAUCACCGAAACCAUCUUUCUUCUCGAUCCCUUCUACGCAGCAAGCAAAGCCUCUGCAAGAGGCUCUCCAGAGAGGAGAGAGAAAGAGAGGGAAGAGAGUGAGAUCCAUGGCUUCUUGACACACUAUGGAUCGGUAUCUCUGUCUUGACUGCUACAAAUCCGCCAUUAUCAACGAUUCUUUUACCUCACAAAUUCUCAGUAAGAGGUAUUUUUUGGAGCCAAUUGUUGAAUUACUAGACGAAUCCAUUUUCUGAAUAUGGGAAUUAAGCUAUAUGAAGUCUGAAGAGGAAGUGGGAGUUGAAGAAUGUUGAGAUAUUUGAAAUGAAUUUUGUUUGUUAGUGUACAUCUGAUUCAUAUAUUUGAUCUCCAUACUGAGAGGGUGAGGAGGAAACGAAUAUGUAUAUAGAGAUGGCUGAUGCGGCAGCACUUAUGGAGGCCUCAGGAUCCAGAUUUAGUGACUUGGAGCUAAUUGGAAGAGGGUCAUUUGGAGAUGUCUAUAAAGGGUUUGAUAAGGAGCUUAAGAAAGAAGUUGCUAUCAAAGUUAUUGAUUUGGAAGAAUCAGAGGAUGAAAUUGAGGACAUUCAGAAGGAAAUUGCAGUUCUGUCACAAUGUCGAUCUCCGUACAUUACAGAGUAUUAUGGUUCCUACCUCCAUCAAACCAAAUUAUGGAUUAUAAUGGAAUACAUGGCUGGUGGCUCUGUUGCUGAUUUAAUUCAAGCAGGUCAACCACUGGAUGAAAUGUCUAUAAUUUGCAUCUUACGUGACUUGCUCCAUGCAAUUGAAUAUCUCCACAAUGAAGGGAAAAUUCACAGAGAUAUUAAAGCCGCAAACAUUUUGUUGACAGAGAAUGGUGAUGUUAAGGUUGCAGACUUUGGCGUAUCUGCACAAUUAACAAAGACAAUUUCCAGAAGAAAGACGUUCGUCGGAACACCAUUUUGGAUGGCUCCUGAGGUAAUUCAAAAUUCGGAUGGCUACAAUGAGAAGGCAGAUAUUUGGUCUCUGGGAAUAACUGCAAUUGAGAUGGCAAAAGGAGAACCACCACUUGCAGAUCUCCACCCAAUGAGAGUUCUUUUCAUUAUACCUCGAGAAAAUCCACCACAGCUGGAUGAGCACUUUUCUCGUCCUAUGAAAGAAUUUGUUUCUCUGUGUUUGAAGAAGGUGCCAGCUGAGAGGCCAAGUGCCAAAGAACUUUUGAAGCACCGUUUUAUCAGAAAUGCUAGGAAGAGUUCGAGACUUUUGGAGAGAAUAAGAGAGCGGCCUAAGUUCCAGAUAAAAGAGGAUGCAGAAUCUCUUAGAAAUGGUCCUGAAGCCUUUGGGGAGGCAUCUGGCACUGUGAAGGUUACAAGAGACUCGAGAGGUGAAGAAACUGUCCGAUCCAGUCAGGGAAAGACCUUGAAAAAUGCUGGAUGGGACUUCAGUAUUGGUGGAUCUUCUACUACUGGAACAGUAAGGAGUGUUGUAAGACCACCUCAAGCCAGAGAUAGAAAACCAGAGGUUCCAUACAAUCAGGGUACAAGAAAGAUUCCAGAUGGUGGUAACCGAUGGUUGUCUUCUUCUGGAAGUGUGUCUUAUGAUUCAUCAGAAGUUUCCCUUGCAAAAGAUGCUAGAGAUCAAUACGAUGAUGAAAAACAAGAUUACUACCAUGAAGAUGAAGAAUUGUCAUUGAGUGGGACGGGAACUGUUGUGGUUCGGUCACAACGAGUCCAAUCAUCAUCUCUAUUAAGUGAUCAAAGUGCUCAGUCUAGCAGCACAUAUGCUUCUUUUGAAGAUGCUUCCACCAGUGGCACUGUUGUAUACCGCGGACAACAUGAUGAUUCGGAUUCUCCUCGAACUCCAAAGUCCAGACUGGGGAUCCAGGAAAGAACUUCAAGUGCAUCACUCGAGGACAGUGCAGUAAACCUUGCAGAGGCAAAGGCUGCUAUUCAAGGAGGAUUGAGGAAAGGAAAUGCUCGCGAAAGGUCUGCAUUGGGCAAGAUUAAUAAAGACGGGCAAGAAAGUAGAAAAACAGAGCAAUUAACAAAUAGCUCUGAUUCUUCAAGACAUUCUGGUGAUUACUUUGAUGCACAAAAGGCAUUUUGGAGAUCACGUUAUGCAAGUGAUGAAGUAGACAGUGCAAGAAUUUCUGCAGCAACGUCAUCUGCUCCAUUAUCAAUUUUGCUCAUCCCUUGCUUAAAAGAGGCUGUUUUUGCUGAUGAUGUAGAAGGGAUGGUUGUGCGUCCAGUGGCAAAUUCAUUCAUGGAUAUGGAGCACAUGAAGCCCGGUUCUUGUGAAGUUUUUGUCACCAGAUUGCUCCAGCAGCUGGGAAGUUCAAAUGAGCCUUCGUUGAAAGAUCUGCAGGAGCUGGCAGCUCGCACCUUCACAAAAGUAAAGACAGCCCCUGAACAAGCAGUGAAUGCAAACGCGGAAGUCGAAAACCGGAAAAGGCAACAGAACAAAGAAAUUAAUUCAAAUGCCAAUUUAAGCCCACUUGCGAGGUUCUUGCUCUCAAGAUGGCAAGGCCAAGUUUCACGAGAUCUGAACCCAAGUUGAAAGGUCGGAACAAUAUUUGUGCGUGCGUUUUAUUGUGUUUCUGGUUAUUUAUUGUUUAUAUAUAUAUAUAUAUAUUAUUUGAUGUACAUAUUAUAAAGAAAUUAUGGUUUUUUUUUUUUUUUUUUCCUUGUCUCAGCACAAGAAAUUUUAUUAUCAUUAUUUAAUUUUCAUUUGUAGCUUGAUCAUUGAUGUAUAAUAAGGUUGUUAUUAUUAGUGUCAUUGUAAUAUUAAUAACUAAAAUUAGUAAUUAAUAAUUCUCUUAUUUA